AUUCUGCUCCCCCUUGCUGAGCUGCUCUCUCUCUAUCAUUGUUUCGCUCCGGCAUUAACCACAUUCCAGAGCGCCGCAGCGCAGCCCGUCUCCCUCCGCGCAUUCCUCUCACACAAACGAGUCCCGGAUGAAUCGUUUGAUACGCGCAUACUCGUCCGUUUCCGCGCUCGGCAUCUUCUGUUGAUUAUUGCGGGAUCACCGAGGGGAAUUAUAUGCGAGUUGGAUUCGCUGGAAACGAGUUUGCGAGAUCAAUCACGUAAAAUCAAAGAGAGAAAAUUCCUCCGCGCAGCGCGCCAUUGACUGUAAAGACCUUUCAACUUUACAAAAACUGAAAUUGACAAACGUUCUCUUGUGUUGAAACUUUGUCACGACUAGUGCAUCGUCACAAAUCGACAGGGGGGAGCAUGCAUCGCGACGGAAUAACGGGGAAGGACUGAGUAAGCGCGAACAGGCAACGAUGGUUCGCCUGAGGCGGCGUUUUUCCGUGUAAAAUGCAGUUUGUGUUGUAGUUGACCAGCGUUCAGCGUCCCUCAACUCGCACGCGCGCCAUGGAUGAAUAUGAAGAUCCGGGACGCAGAGCGAGCAAACUUAUGGAAAACCUCUCUAUUUAUGACGUUUAUCAGGACGGGAUGUACGGGGAGACGAACCCCGACAUGGAGAAAUCUAAACGAAUGAACGGCAGCUCCUCCACGCCCGGGAACAAAGUCUACGGCGCGGCACCCGUGCGCUCCGUCAACGGGAACCGAGCCUCAGUGCCUCUGGAUUUCUGUUCUCCGCCAAGGGACGCGGUUUAUCCUGAUCCUGAUGCGUACUGCACCAAAUCUGAAGUUGCCUUGCCGUGUUACAGCGGCGCGUCCGAGCGUCUCCGGAGAUACACGCACGCGGAGGUGCAGGCGCACCGGUACAGCGCUGGAUGCGCCUACGACGCGCUCAUUCUGGGGAAACAAGUGCCCGGUCCGGGUGCGAGGAGCAACAGUUUAUGCGUGGCCAACCCUGAUGGCAGGUUCCCGGCCACGAGCCCCCGGUCCAGUUUGGCUUCGUCCCACUCGUCGCAAGACCAGAGCAAACACACCAGCCCGAGGUCGAGCAUCAGCAGCCCGCGGUCCAGCCUGGUGUCACCCGGACAGGAGAAGUACUGCGAGGGGAACAGCGUGAUCAGCCCCCGCUCGAGUUACGCCAGCACGGCCAGCGACACCAGCAAACACUCCAGCCCCCGAACCAGCCUCAACAGCUACGACUGCGGGAGCAAACCGAGCAGCAACCGAACCAGCGGCAUCAGCAUGGGCUACGACCAGCGGCACAUCAGCCCCAGAUCGAGCACCACGAGUCCGCGCUCCAGCUACUCCGACUCACGCUUCACGCCCGCUGGGAGCCACGAGCCGGAGAGCGGCGCGGUGCAUGGCGUCCCCGUGACCAGCCCCCGGUCCAGCAUCUGCUGUCAGGAAGCACGACCCGCCGUGGCGGCAAACUGCGUGGUCAGUCCCCGCUCGAGCAUCUCCAGCCACAGCUCCAGGAGCUCUCGGAGCUCCCGCGGAUCCAUGAGCGCGUAUCCCGAGCUCCAGCUCCCCAUGCUGGGACCCGGUUUGCCGGAGGACGCGCUGCUGCAGGACUUCCCGGAGCCAAACGGCCUCCACAACAACCGCGUCCACCUCCAAACCUUUCCCGUGCUGGAGGAGCCGCAGCAGCAGAACUCAGACAUCAAUAUCGCGUUUAACUACGGGAAGAUGUGCACCGGGGCGCAGCGCUUGAAGCUGCCGUACCAGGUCACUCCAUCCCGGGACAGCGGCCCCAGUCAGGCGGAGCGGCGCCUGGAGGCCCUCACCCUGGAGCUGGAGAAAGAGCUCGAAAUACACAUGAAAAAGGAAUAUUUUGGUAUCUGUGUAAAGUGUGGUAAAGGUGUGUAUGGAGCGAGUCAAGCGUGUCAGGCGAUGGGGAACCUGUAUCAUACGAACUGCUUCACCUGCUGCUCCUGCGGACGGAGGCUACGAGGAAAGGCUUUCUAUAAUGUUAAUGGAAAAGUUUACUGUGAGGAAGACUUCCUGUUUUCCGGGUUCCAGCAGACGGCAGAGAAAUGCUUUGUGUGCGGUCACCUCAUCAUGGAGAUGAUCCUGCAGGCUCUGGGUAAGUCGUAUCAUCCGGGCUGUUUCCGCUGUGUGGUUUGUAAAGAGGGUCUGGACGGUGUUCCUUUCACCGUGGAUGUGGAGAACAACAUCUACUGUGUGAAAGACUACCACACGGUUUUUGCUCCUAAAUGUGCCUCGUGUAACCAGCCCAUCCUCCCAGCGCAGGGUUCAGAAGAGACCAUACGGGUGGUGUCCAUGGACAAAGAUUAUCAUGUGGCAUGCUAUCACUGUGAGGAUUGCGGUCUGCAGUUGAAUGAUGAAGAGGGGCAUCGCUGUUACCCGCUGGAUGGGCACCUGCUGUGCCACCGAUGCCACCUGCACCGCUUAAAAACCCCUCUGCCGCCCCACCCUCCCCCGAGUUACCCGCUCCACGUCACUGAACUGUGAACACACUGAAUCACACUGAGCAGAGGAAUUAAAGACAAACAGUAAACAGGGGUUCGGUCGUGUCUGUCAACAUGUUUGGGGUUUAUUUGACCAACCGGGGAUGCUUUUAUUACUCUGACCCCUCAUCACGGUCUCCAGGAGUUUGGGCUCUGUUUGGGGUCUUCAGCACUGCCGCAGGGGAGCGGAGGGCGACCUGUGCCUGCUUUUACUCCAGCACUGAACACACAGACUGAGAUACGACUUGAUGUGCCUUCAUCAGAAAUCCUGCGUCGAACAGGCCGCUGCCUUCCAGACGCACCAUUUCUGUCUUGUGCCCAGCUGCCGGGGGUCUUUAAAGGGACAGGUCACCUAAAAUUAUAAUGAGCAUUUACUCACCUUCAUGUCAUUCUAAACACGUAUGAGCUCUUCAUCCGUGGAAGAAAUGUAGUCAAAAGGCAUUACAGAAGAAAAGAAACACUGUUUUUGCAUGCACAGCUCAGUUGUGAGAUUCUGGGCUUUUUUCUUUUUUGUCUUAAAAAAAAAUUAUUUUUUUUUAGACUAGCCUCUUAAAUAUACAUUUAAGUAUUUAUUUUAUUUCACUUUAGCUAUUUGCAACUGUAACAUUCAAUGCCAAUACAUUUUCUCCACUUUAGAAGUAUUUCCUAUAUAUAUAGUUAUUAAUAUAUAGUUAAUUUUUUCUGAUAGUAUUUUCUAAUUUAUUGAAAAAUAUACAAUCCAAAGACCCCUCUGUAGAAGAAUUUUUAACCAAUGUUCAUAUUUCUGUUCUUAAAAUGUAUGAAAAUGAAUGAAUAUCUAAUACUUAAUAAAACAAUUGUCUUGUUUUCAUUCAUGUAAAAAUAUCUAAAAAUUUUUUAAUCAAGAUACAUUUCCUUGAGAAGCAAAUUUACUUGUCUUGUUUUUUUAUUUUUUACCAUAUUUUGUUAGUUUUUGCUUAAAACAAGCAACAACUAAAAAUCCAGUGGGGUCAGAAAAAAAUCUUAAUUCAAAAGGGAAAACAAGAAUAUUUUUGACAGAUAUUUUUUCUCGUAAAAAAAAAAAAAACUCACUUAAUUUUAAAACAUUAUUCAGAAAACAAGACUUAAAUGUAUCUUGAUUUAAGGAUGUUUAGAUAUUUGUACUUACGUAUAAACGUAUAAAAAUAGUAAGAAAUAUUUUUUUUGCAGUGCAUCUUUAAACAUAAAAUUUCAUAAAACAAAAUGAUGCCCUUAAAAUAUACUAUGAUUAAUCAACUGAGGAAUGUAAUUUCCCUUAUCAGCCUGAAGUGUCUUGCCUUAAAUUGUCCAUAAUUUGUUCAUGUUUGGAACAACGUGAGGUUGAGUUAAUAAUAGUGUACUGUCCCUUUAAGAAUCACUUAAAAGGUGGCGAUGGUCCGAACACUGAUGCAUCACUGGAACACCGGUGGCUUUCCUGGACUAACAAAUGUUUAUUCAGCAGAGGUCUGACAUGAAUCUCUCUGGCUGGGGUCGGAGAAGAACGGGGCUGGAUCUGUGAAUGAACGUCAUGCUCUUUAGACACUGGUUUGUCUCUGGAUGAGGUGCCUUCCUGCCUUAUAUAUUCCUGAAUGUGGAGGAGACGCGCUGUGAUGUGUCUCAGGAGACUCUUAAGGGACUCUACAGGUGUGCAGGGGUCAAAGGUCAAGCCUGGAUGUGCUGGACUCAGCCAGGCCGGAGACCUGUGUUUGUGUGCGACACGUCGUCUAUAUGAAGCGGAACGCAACAGAACAUUUUGCACAUGUCAAAGUCGUGUAAACUAUGAAGUAACACACGCGGAAGUCUGGGAAUGUUGUAUUUGAGCGUCUUCUUUGUCUGGAUUCACAUGAACAUGUUUUGCUGGAAGCUUAUUGCAUUACUUCACACCUGUUAAGGACAUGAGUGGAAAAGAGAGUCUGCGUGUAGGUGUGUGUGUGUGUGUUCAUGUACAUUAGUGGCUGGGCCACUGUGUGUGUGUGCCUGUGUCAAAUACAGCAACCCCAGUGAGUAUUUAGACACUUGAAGAAAUAGUUCACCCAAAAAUGAACAUUUGCUGAAAAUGUGCUCACCCCGCAGGUCAUCCAAGAUUAGGAUGAGUUUGUUUCUACAUGAAAUGUAGCAUUGCAUCACUUGCUCUGCAGUGAAUGGGUGCCGUCAGAAUGAGAGCUGAUAAAAACAUCACAAUAAUCCACAGUACUCCAGUCCAGCAGUUAAUUUCUUGUGCAUCCAAAAGCUGCAUGUGUUUGUAAGAAACAAACCAAAUAUAUGAGUCCAUAAUACAUAACAAUGCUUCUUUCAGUGAAAAAGUGCAUCUCCUGUUGUCUCUCGCAUCAAAAUCCAGCCACAUAUUCAUUCAGAGCUGAUUAAACGGUGCUGGAUCUGCGCAGAUUUCUCUCCUGAUUCAGAGGAGUCUGCCUUUUCACUGGAGGAAGCUAUGCUUCGAUGGAUUUGUUUCAGUUUUGUCUUCUCCAGAUGUUAAAUGAUGGACUGGAGAGCUGUGGAUUACUGUGAUGUUUUUAUCAGCUGUUUGGACUCUCAUUCUGACGGCACCCAUCCACUGCAGAGACACUGAUGCAAUGGAAUAUGACUGAACUGUUGCUUUAAGCGUCUUAAAUGCUUCCUCUGUUCCACAGACGUCUGCUGUAAUACUACUGACAGAAACAGAAGACCUGAGAAGCUCAGACAGAGAGAGUUGUUUUCUAAAUCCGGUGUCUUCUUCUUGUAAAACUCAUGAAGACGUGUGUUUGCUGACUGAUUACUGUACCGGAAGCACAUAACGUCGCCCUGGCCUUGUUUUUGGAGAGGGAGUUUUCCUAGGAUUAAUGUACAGCAUCGGUGACAUGCCGUCGACUGCCAGAGAAAAUCUUUUUUUUACUCGUUUCUCACAGCUGAGGUAUUUUCUGUGGUAAUCGACAGUGUGAGUAUUAAAUAUUCUCUUCUCUAGACAGAUUAUUUCUCUUUAAACAGUUCAGUAACCUCAGACUAUUCCGCUUUAAGAUCAUUCCCACAAGUGUUAAGUAAUAUUUUUGUCCACGUUGUCUUAAUCCACUUUUUAAAUGUACUACUAUUGCAUAGCACAAUGCUAGAGUCCCUGUAAAUAAAGAGUGUAGAAUGUAUCAGAGAUUCAAUGAACGCUAGCCUUUCAUUCAGUUAGUUCUUAAAAAAUGCACAUCUUACGUUCUCUUGCAUCACUCUUUUAUUUUUUUUUUAUCCGACAAUGUUUUGGUUUCCUAGAUGUUUCAUAAAUAAAGAAAAAGCGAAGUAGAUUUAUUUAUCUAAACAUGAAAAGUUUAAAUUUAUUUAAUGUAUGAAGAGUCGGGACGUAUCAUUUAACCGUAGAUUUAUGUAAUCUGCUUUUUCAAUAAAGUGGUUUUUGUAGUUAAA